AUGAGGCCCUAUUCCAUCGACGGGGCCAUGGCUGAGGCCCUCAUCAACCUCAACCUAAUCACCUCUCACUUUCGCGAGCGGGGUCAGAAUGGGGUCGCAAACGAUAUCGGCCAACUUAGUGUUAGGAUCGUGGCCAAGUUUUCCGAGGGGGUGGAACAUAUCUCCACCGAUGACUAUGCUCUAACCCAGGUGCAGGAUGGUAACAACCAAAGUGCCCCAAACAAAGAGCUCCCUUUUCAGAGCCUGUUUCAGAAGCGAUCCAUCGCGACCCUGCUGGACGGAUCAGAGAAGGAGAACAAUGGUAUCGAGACUGAGAGCCUUGCGGCCCCAAAGGUGUCCAUGCAUGAUGGACGUCUCCUUUCCGCUGGAAGCUGGGCUCAGGUUGCUGGUUCGUUUUCCGAAACCAGAGCUCAACACUCCGAUGUGCUGCAGUGCAUGUCACCUCUGUCAUUGGUUAUGGGCUCAAUGUCCAAGCGUAGCCAGAUCAGUGAUGACGAUGAAGAAGGACGCGAGUCCGGAGACGCGGGAGUCGCGCUCCCUCCGGCCGCGCAACCUGAGAUUCCUGAAGCGAAAGCAGGAGUCAUCCGUGUCUAUGGAAAAAUCACCCGUGAUUUUAUCCAAUACAUCACCACCCGCAUCCACGAGGGACCCUUGCAAGACAUUCGCGUCGAAAGCAAUGGAAGGACCAAAGUUACCUUCCAGCACGCGGCUCAGGCUCUUGCUUUCCUCAAGUCCAACCAGGACAUGGAGCGGAUGUUGGGAUAUGGACGCCUGGGAGGCGGUUACCGCGUCGAGUUAAUCGAACUUGUUGAUUGGAAUGAAGAUCAUCGUCGGAUGAAUCAGCCCAUCCGGGAACGCCGUCGCCUCUCCUUCGCGAGAAAGAGGCUUUUUGCUGAAGGGAUGUCGCCCGAGAAAUGGAAGCAGGACAUCCGCGCUAUUGCUGGACCCGCAAACAUUGAUUUCCUCUGGGUAUUCAACUCUGGUAAUGCGACCGCAGUGUUUACGAGCACCAUCGUUGCUCGUCGCGUUCUGGAACAAUUUGAGGCAUGGAAGACCGGCCGAAACGUCUACAGUGGCGUCUCGGUUACUUAUUCCUCAGACCCAUGCGAGAAGGAGUUGGUUCUGGUUCGAGAAAUCAACCGCCCUGGCAUGAUCAGGAACUUUGUGAAGCGAACCAUGCGGUAG